CAUUUAAGUAAAAUUAGUCGAUUCUAACGUGUAAGUAUGCGAGAAGCUGCUGUGUUUAGCGGCUCGUCGCGGUGUGAAGCAAUCCUGGGCGUCGAUAUGCCAGAUGAGAGAGAUACGCCAAAAACUUUGUAUGUGGGCAAUUUGGAUCAUGCUGUGUCGGAAGAUUUAUUGUGUGCCCUGUUUUCGCAUAUUGGCAGCGUUAGAAGUUGCAAGGUCAUCAGAGAGCCUGGAAAUGAUGCAUACGCUUUCGUGGAAUUUGUGGAUCACGUAACAGCUUCGGCGGCACUGACGACUCUUAAUCAGCGACUUUUUUUAGAAAAGGAGAUGAAAGUUAACUGGGCGACGUCGCCGGGUAACCAACCAAAACAGGACACGAGCAGUGAGUAUGCCCAGUUUUCAGAUUUUCGUCUUUACGCGAAAAAUAUUUUUAGUGCCGUGCGUUUUGCCUUUGAUCCUAUACCUGCUCGACUUGUUGGACGCGCAUACUAA